AUGGCACCUCCCGCACAGUCUUCAAGGGGGGCUUCUGGAGCACAGGCUGCCUCUCUCCCAGAUGCCGGCUUCCGCAAAGAGGCCCAGUUGCAGACGGCCACGAUUUCCCUGUGGACAGUGGUGGGAGCUGUGCAGGCCAUGGAGAGGACCAUGGAGGCGCACGCCCUGCAACUUCUGAGCCUGGAGCAGAGAUCAGGAACAGCUGAGAAGAGGUUUGCGGCCUGCGAGAAGGCCGUGGCGGAGCUCGGGAGCCAGCUGGAGAGUCGGUGGGCCGUGCUGGGGACCCUCUUGCAAGAGUACGGGCAGCUCCAGAGGCGGCUGGAGAACAUGGAAAACCUGCUCAAAAACUGGAACUUCUGGGUGCUGAGAGUCCCCACUGGCUCCUCUGGAGCAGCCUCCAAGUUUAAGGGCUCAUCCACCUUGGAGGACAUCUUAGGUCAUUUUUCUCACGAGAAAUGGGGAAAACUAUCGGAGUGGCAGAAGGAGCUGUACAAAAAUGUGGUCAAGGGGAACUGCGAGUCUCUCAUCUCCCUUGAUUUUGCUGUUUCUAAACUGGAAGGUUUGACCUGUGCAGAAGGAAGAGGGGGCCCUGGUGAUCUCACGCAGGCAGAUUCGAGGGGAGCCCAAGAGCCCUCCACUGAUACCGGAACAGAACAAUCUGCUGCAAGAACAGAGAUGAUCUCUUGGAUUAAACAAGAAAACGGCCCGUCCGGAAGGCAGCAGGGGAAAACACCCAGUGGAACCACCUGCAACUACUACACGGUUUCUAAACUGGACAGUUUGCCAAGGGACAAGGAAGAGGUCUCAGCCUGCAUUCCUUUCCAGAAAGAUGUAGAACCAGAAGCUGACACCAUCUCUUUUGUGCAGAAACCAGUUGAAUACAGGAGCCUGCUGCCUGCUGAGGACCAAGCCAAAGACCCCGCCAACCCACCCUUGCUGCUCUUCUUCCCAGGUGGAUCCGUGGCCCCCAUCUGCAACGGCACCAUCGGUGAGAGCCAGCCCCUCUCCAGCCUUCAGGGCCCCUGCGUUGAGAGCAGAGCCAGCAGGAACGACCCCAGCUCUCCCGCUGCAACCCCCGAAGCGGGGAUGGACCGACCCCACACCUGCCCGGAGUGCGGGAAGAUGUUUAGCCUCCUGCUGAGCCUGGAGAUCCAGCAGAUGAACCACCGGAAGAAGAAGCGCCAUGAGUGCGCCUGCUGUGGCCUUGCCUUCGGCUGCCCCUCGAAGCUCCUCCGCCACGAGAUGAUCCACACCAAGGAGCGGCCCUACAGGUGCAGCGUCUGCGGGAAGGGCUUCAUCUGCAAGCAGCACCUCGUCCCCCACCUGCGGCUCCACACGGGUGAGAGGCCCUACCACUGCGGCGAGUGCGGGAAGGACUUUAUCUGCAAACAUCACCUCCUGGAGCACCAGCGCACCCACACCGGGGAGAGGCCCUACGCCUGCGCUGAGUGCGGGAAGACCUUUUGGCACAAGAAGUCGCUGAAGGACCACUUGCACAUGCACGGCCCCGAGCGGGGGGCAGCAGACUCGGCCCGGGGGCUCCCGGAUGAGCCCCAGAACGUCACAGACCUGAGAGCCGAAAGCGCCAGGUAG